AGCAGCAGUAACACACAUUCCCACUCCAUGGUCCAUACCCAUUACCCACUGAAAUGAAACCACCAAGAACCUUCCUCUCACUCUCCCACUCCUCACUUUGCCCCUCUUUAUUAAUAUUCUCCACAUCCAAUAUCUCUCAUCUUCUUUCUUUCUAUAUCUUUCUCUCGGACAUUAUCAAACACCUUCCCUGCACUCCAACCAUGGACCGCUGCCCGCACGCCGACCAUCUCGACGCCGCCCCGACUCAGCCCUACAAGGGCUACGAGCUCAGCGGCAAGAUCAUGCUCAGCGCCAUCGUCAUCCUCUUCUUCAUCGUCAUCCUCAUGCUCUGCCUCCACCUCUACGCGCGUUGGUACCUCCUGCGCCCCCCUCGCCGCCAUGCCCGCCGCAAUCGCCGGAACCGCCGCACCCAUAUCGUCUUUCACGAGGACGCGGCCGCCCUCUCCGCCGUCCCCACCCGCAGCCUCGACGCCUCCAUCCUUAAUUCCCUCCCUGUAUUCGUUUACUCGUCCAAAUCGAGUCAAAUGGCGCCGUUUCGGCAGCAGCCCAUUUUGGAGUGCGCCGUCUGCUUGUCGGAAUUCGAGGACGACGAAACGGGGCGUUUGCUUCCCAAGUGUAAGCACAGCUUCCAUAUCGAGUGUAUUGAUAUGUGGUUCCAAUCUCACUCCACGUGUCCCCUCUGCCGGGCCGUCGUGGAACCGGGCCCGGAGUCCGAAACCCGGGCCGACGUGGUUCUGAAUGUCUGUGAACCGGACGAGCCGGGUCCGAGCUCCUAUUUGUGCUCGGAGUGUUGUAAUUCCGAGUCGGCGUCGUCUGGGGAGCGGAGAAAGCCGUCGAACAUCGUGAUUCCGAGAAGGAACGAGAGUUUUGGGAAGGCGGAGGGCUCGGGAUGCGGCGAAUCGCCGGCGGGUCAAUCAUUUAGGUCCCCGAUGAGUCGGAUGUUGUCGUUUAGGACAAUGCUAAAUAGGGAAAAACGGAACGGCGGCGUUUCGCCUUCGGGAGGAAACGGGGGGAGUUCCAGUUCGGUAGCGGCGUCGGAUAUCGAACUCGGUGGACGACAAGGGACCAGCGAGUGCACUCGGAGAGAGUAAAAAAUAGUGACGUGGCUGUAAUUUUAUCGAAAUUGGGGGCGGAGACAUCCGGCGACUAUCUGUUAGUCAGCGUUGACCUAAUCGAGGCAAAUGUGGAAAUUAAAUUUAUACGUGGCAAGAUAGAGCAGCGGUGGAAUUCACGCUGUUUUUGGACGUGUAUAUAUAAUAUUUUUUUCCUUUCCGUUACAUUGAUGUUUUUUUUUUUCUUGGUAUUCGUUUCCUAAAUUAUAAAAGCUGUUAAUUUCUUUAUUGAA